GUCACAAUUGUGAUAAUGUCAUAUCAACAAUAGCGAGUGGGUAAUAAGUUAAUUUUCCCUUUUGCUAGAAAUCAGUUUUUCUGAUUAUUUUUUUAACAUGUUAAUUUUUUCUACGAGCUACAAUGUUCGCCAGUUUGAAAAGUAAAAUAAAAGAGGAAACUGGCAGUGAUAUUAGUAAGUUAACAAGCAGUUGGCGUACUGGUGCAUUUUUAGGACGGAUUACCCUUCGCGAUGAUUCAUCGACAACAAGUCCAAGUAGUUCAGGAGGUCAUGGUGAUACCACAUCCGAUUCAAUAUCUCCUCAACUUCAAACAUACCUGUCGGACCGCACCGGCUGUGAAAUAGACAACACUGCUCUCCAGCAGCAGUACACGGCACAGCUCGAGGCCAAGUUGCGGGAGAGGGAUGCUUACUGGGAGCAGAGGGUCGACGAGUUGCAGCAGUCAUUGGCAGCCGUUCAAGGCGAGGAAGCGGCGGCGGCGCAGGCGGUGGCGCGCGCCGCGCAGUCGGAGGCGGCGCGCGCGGCCGCCGAGCGCGACGUCGCGCUGCGCCAGCUCGCAGACCUGAAGACGCGCCUGGCGGCCGUCGAGACCGCGCAGGACAGGCUCGACACACUCACAGAGGAAAUAGAGCAAUCCCGCCGCGAGUGGUCCCGCGAGCGCGCGCAGGUGCGCGGCGCGCUGGGCGAGGCGGAGGCGCGCGCGCACGACCUGGCCGGCCAGCUGGAGGUGCUGCGCGCCGCGCUGCCGCCAGAACACCCGCACCACCACAUGCACGACGAUGACAAGCGAGAGGUGGAGUGGAGCGAGUGCGCGGCGCUGGGCAGCGCGCGGCGCGAGCGCGCGGUGCUGACGCGCCAGCUGCAGGAGGCCAACAUGGCGCUCGCCGACGUCAAGACCUCCUGGAGCGGCCACAUCGCCUCGCUCGAGACACAGGUGGCGCGCUUGUCGCGGCAGGCGGGCGAGGAGGGCGCGGAGAGACGCCGCGUCGAGAACGAAAACAAACAGAUACAGGACAAACUAAACAAAGUAACCGCUGAAUUAGAAAAAACUAAACAGAGCUUGGCCAAUAGUGAAGCUAAGGUGACACGACUGAACGGGGAGGUGCAUUCUCUAGCGAUGGAGGUGAAGGGGCUGCGCGCCGCCGCAGACCGCUCGGACGAGAAGACGAUGGAGUUGGAGCGUCGUUUGGAGAUGCUAACGCACGAGAACAGGAAGCUGAUGGAGGAGCUGGAGGAGGAGAGGGAGAGGGUGCACGAGCUGCGGGAGAGCGCGGAGGCGUCCAGCGCGCGGGACGACCAGCACCGCAGCGAGGUGACGCGCCUCCACUCCGUAGUCACUGAUAUGCAGCAGGACUACGUCAACAUGCAGAAGAAAUAUGACAAAGAGCGCCGUCAAAAAGACGAAGCGUUGUUACGUAACGCGACGAUGUCCCAAUCAGUCGAAAUGAGUCAGUGCGAGGUUCGCUACCUGGAGGACGAGCUCGCGGAACAGCGCACCAAGAUCGCGGAGCUGGAGGAAGUUAUCGCGGACCAUAAAGAGAACCAGGCGACAUGCAUGAUAAUAAAGCAGAACGAAAAGAAGAAAAAUGAAGAAAUAGAGGAUUUAAAGAAAAGAAUUUUGGGCGUGAUGACAAGUGAAACCGAGCUUAAGAAGAAAGUACACUAUUUAGAAACUGAAAUCGUUGAUAAAAAUAAGAAAAUAAAAACAUUAGAGAAUCGAAUAUUGGACAUGAAGAAGACUUUGCAGCGCGAACUGCAGAGCAGCAAGACUGACCUCACCUCCGCAGAGGAGCAGGAUAUUAGCAGACGUUACCUGAAGCACGUGGUGUUGCGGUUUGUGACUGGGCGCGAGCGCGAGGCGCGGCAGCUGACGCGCGCGCUGGCGGCGCUGCUGCGGCUCACCGCGCACGAGGAGGCCUCCCUGCGCGCCGCGCUGCCGCCGCGCGCCUCCGGCCUCGCCGCCUGGCUGCCCGCGCUGCCCUCCCUGCCCUCCCUG